AUCUGACGCAAAAGCAAAGGCUGUUGUAAUUGCGACCGUCACGGUUUAUAAACCAUACAGGGACCGAUAGCCGGACCAUUACGAUUUGUCAUCCGAUCGAAUCUACCACAGUAGAUACACGGACAAUAUCGAAUUCCCGAAACAGCACACGUAAGUACCUAUUACACUAUACACAUUCAUGUUAGUAAAUAGAUAGGUACGUAAUUAUUUUACGCGAGAAUAAUUAUUUAAAUUUGUAGAGUUGUAGAGCAAUAAAGAAUUAGACAAUUAAUGUGUCUUACAUUAUUUAUUUUCAACGUUUUUAACGUUCUUCGAAAUAAUCGUUCGCAUUUAGUUGUUUAAAUGUCAAAGACGCGGACUUAAUUAGUCUUAAUUAAUCACGCGGACAAUUUUAGUUUGCCGAGUUGAGUAAUUAAUACAAUUUUUAAAAUUAUUUUACGAUUCGUUCAAUUAUUAAUUUUUACAAGUAAACAUUACUUACACGCAUUUAUUUAAGUGAUAAAUUAUGAUGUUCAUAAACAUUAACUUAUAUCCGUAGGUAUAUGUUAUUAUUAAAGGUUAUUAAAAUAUUUGAAAAUAUUAACAUUUUUCUCGAGUUAAAAUAGGUAGUUUUUAAUUUUUUUUUUUCGAAACAAUUUACCUACUGUUAUAAUAUAGGUAUUUAAUUAAUACCUAAUGAGUUGGCAGGUUCGGGAACUAACCGCCAUACGAUUAACGUAUAUAGACAAAUCAAAAUGCACAAUCGACAAACAAUUUUUUUUUAAAAGAACUGUUACUAGGAACGAGUUUGCCACUGUUGUUGGUGGAAAGUUGGGAAGGGAUACAUAAAGUUAUUUAAUUUAUACGUGUAAGCAAACCAUUGCUAACGAAAAGCGAUUCAGAACGACAUUCGAUUUUACAUGUUUUGAAAGAUCAUAAACUCAUAAUAUUAACGAUUUCAUCAAAAUUUGAUCUUAAAACUCGUACAAAAAUAAUACAACUAUAAACUCAAUUUUUUAAUUUUUUUACCAUAAGUACAACUUAUAAUGAACUUUUUAUCAAAUUUUCAAGAUUUCUGAUUAGACCAACAAUUUUAUCAAUAGAGUACCUACCAAUAAAAAACAUAAGACAAUUUUAAAUACUUAUAAAUAGUUCAAAAAUAUUUUUAUAUUUAUGAAAAUGUUAUCACCUCUAGAAAAUGCAAAUAUAAGAUUUCUGUCAAAAUUACAACAAAAUUGAAAGUUAUCGUUAUAAUGCUUUCAUUAAAGCAUUAUAUUCGUAAUUUUCCCUGUUUUUUCUACAUUUUUUUUUCGGUUUUAUUCAAUUCUUCUUAAAAAACCAAAAAAUGAUCUCUCUAAUGUACCAACUAGUUAAAAUUUCUUUUAACAAAAAAUGCUGCACUCUAUACAUUGGAACAAGUUUGAAGAAAAGUUGUUUGUAGACAUGAAAAAGAACCCAACAGAGUAAAUCCAUAAUUGAAAAUAAUGAAACUAUUAUUUCCGUAAACUUCCCCAUUCUUUCUAUGUUUUUUCCCGAUCAAAUAUCAACAAAACUUUACGGAAAAUAAAAAAAAUGUUUAUACUCACAAACUAAAUACCAAAUGCUACCAUAAAGGUUUUUUGUCGUUUUAUGAUUAAAGCAGUAUUUCUGGUAAAAAAACAUAAAGCAAAAAAUCAAAAACGACGAAAUCGUACGCCGUAAAUUUAUUCGUUUUUUUUUUCUUUUUCAUUCAAUUAAAACCACUAAUUUGGACCACUGUAAUGGUCCAUUUCAAAUUUUUAGAUUAAUAGCUUUUGUACAAUUUUGAACAUUUUGUAAAGUCAAUAAAUAAAAAGUGCUGAUACUGGAAGCGGGUGUUUCACUGUUGUAGGUGGCAAAAUGAGGAGAUAGGAUACAUUAAAUUAUUUAAUUUUUACCCGUAAGCAACGAUAAACCAUUGCUAACGAGAGACGAUUUUGAGUGGAGAUCAAUUAUAAAUGUUUUGAUAGGCCGUAAUAUUUACAAUUUGAGAAUAAUACAUUUCGUAAAUUUUCCCGUUUAUCCUACGUUAUAUUUAUAAAUAAUAGACAUGAUACAAUGCAAUAUUCCUUUUUUUUUUCCGGGUAAAUUCCAAAAUUGAAAAUUGUUCAGAAAAUUCAACAUUCACAAAAAUAAAUCAAUAAAUAAAUAUUAGGUAUGUAGAUUGUAUACAUUUAUAUAUACAUUAAUAUAUUUGUUAAAUUUCAAUGAUAUUAUUUGUAUUUAUGUACUUUUGUAAAUAGUAUACACGUAAAAUAAUAUAAAAUUAUAAAAGUUAAAUGUACAAAUAUAAAAUUAUAAUAUUGAUUUACGUUUUGGCUGUUUGACACUUCUGUAAUGAUAAAUAAAAUAUUUAUCAAUUUCAGUUAAAAAAAAAAAACAAAAAACCUACAGAAACCGACGACAAUAUGAGAAAUUCACUUGCAUUAUUGGGACUUUUUUGGUUAUUUUACAUCAAUACUAUUGGAUUUGCUGCAGUUUUGCCAUCAAAUCACAUUACUGAAGUAAGUUAUUUAUCGUGGUUUUACUGUGAAAAAAUAUACGUAUAUGCGUAUCUUUCAGUCUAAGAUUAUACAAUUGAUGUGUUAUAAUAAUAUCUGAAUAUAUAUUAUCUACCACAUUUAUACCUUAACAAUGAUAAAUUUUUAUUGAUAUUAUGUAUUAUUCAAUAUGUACUAUAGUACUAUACUAUACAUACUAGAAUGCAAAUAUAAAUAGAUAAAAUUAAUUUUCUUUUAAAAUAUAAUAUUAACUAUGCACAAUUAAUGUAGAUAACAUAUGUAACGUAUACAUAUAUUGUAUAUAACAUUUGUAUAAUGUAUUGUAAAUCUAUAUAUAUAUAUAUAUAUAUUUAUUAUUUUAAGAAUAUUAAAACAAUUUGUAAAUGUAUUCCCUUCUUAUAAUGACAUGAUUACUAUAUAAACAUGCUUGCUACCAUUGCUACACUUCGACACGAGUUUAGGAAAAAAACGCGAAUGAAAAAAAGCAAUGUAUUUAUUUUACACAUUAUAAUAUGAAAACAAAUAUCAUUAGUUAGUACUACAUAUUAUAUAGUACCAUACACCAUCUAUAUGGUACCAUAGUACCUACGCAAUAUUUUAAUACUAUUGACUAUAUUAUUAUAAUAUAUUUAAUGAUAAUUUUUUAAACAUUUUCACAAAAAUAAUUAAUCAGAGUAAGUUAUCGAAUCUAUAGUCCAUAAUCGAAAUUAUAAAACAUACUCAAAAUUCAAAUUUCUUGUUUCCAACUAUUCUUAUUUUGAGACAAAAAUAUUUAAAUCAUUUAUUUAUUUCAUUAUAUUAUGCUAUAGCCAUAUAUUUGUUUUAAGUAAAUUUGUAUAUAUUUUGUACUUGCACUACAAUAGUAGUAAUUUUUAAUACUUUCAAUUAUAAUUGCAAAUUUCGAUAAUUUGCUCUGAUAAUUAUUUUUGUGAAACCAUUUAAAAUAUUAUCAUUGAAUAUAUUAUAUAGUCAAUGGCAUUGAAAUAAAGUGUAGUUAUCGAUUAUAUGGCACUAUAUAAUAUUAAGCAGUACUAACGAAUAAUAUUACUUUUAGAUUCUGAGUGUAGCGAAGAAUGUAUUGGUUUUACUAAGAUGUUUAAUUUUUUUAAACCAUUUUUGAAAGGGAAUGUUGUCCAGAUGAUACUUUUAGAAGGUCAUUUUUUGAUUUUCCAAGAGGUCAUAAUAUCUAGGAAAAACCAAGGAUAAAUCGUAAGAAAAACCAUAAAUUUAUGAAAAUAAUGUUUUUAUUAUUUUUAAAUUUUAUUAUUUGUUGUAAUUCAGUAAAAAUUUUCGUAGACACUUGAAUUUUAGAACAAAAAAUUAUAUUAGAAUUUUCUAAACAAGGUAAAAUUUUCAAAACAUUUGAAUCAUCUUUAGGUUUUUUUUAUAAAGAUUUUAAUAUUUUUGUUGAAAUUUAGUUUCAAAUAUUCGUAUUGACUCUAUGGACUUAAAAUCUGUACAGACAAUUUAUAUAUACCAUUUCUAGACGUGGUAAAAAUGUUCCAAAAAAGUAAGCUACUUUUGAGGUAUUUAUAGACAUUUUAAUUUUGAGAGUUAUUUUUUUAUUAUAAAUAUUUAUUCGGUAGGUAUUCUGUGGUAAAAUUGUUAGACUUGAACAGAAAUGCUUCAAAAUUUAACAGCAGAUUCAUUAAGAGUCUUAUUUUGUGGUAAAAAUUAAAGUUGAGUUUAAUGAAGUAUUUUUUUUUUUUUUAUAAGGGAAUUUUAAUAUUAAAUUUUGACGAAAAAGUGUCGUCGAACAAAUUUAAUUUUUUUUUUUUGAACAUAUGAAAUAUUGCCUAUUUAAGAAUGCUGGUGAAGUCGGAAUUAAGAGGACUGAUUAAGUUUUUAAAUUAUAGCUUUUUAAAGUUCCAUUAUUAUGGGGAUAUUAUAUGUUAUGCUAAAUAACUGUAUAUUGUACUUAAAGACAAUAUUUGUCAUGAUCAAAUGGUUAUUUGUGCUUAUUAUCAUCCUAGGAGUUCCAAGUUCAAUCCAAUGUGUCAAAAAAAAUUGUUUAAAUUUUUUCCCUCUUAUCUAAACAAUAAAAAAAAACAAAUUAAUUUUUCAUGUACCUAGAGACCCAAGUCAUCGCUUCUGCGGACUAUUUUAAUCAUAAAAUACCCCUCGAUUUGUUGUACAGACAUUUCUACCAGACAUCUUGCUCCGAUUUAUCAAGUGCUGCUUAUUUUCUAAAAGAAAAUUUUAUCUUAAUGGUAAUUUAGGGAUGUAAUUUAUUGACUUUUCAAGCAGCUUUCAUAGCAUCUGGUAAAAACCAAAAAAAAGUCUCGAAAAAAUGGAAAAUAUACGAAAUGUAAGUAUUAAUAAAAAAAUAAUACGAUUUUUUUUUCUGUCAACAAUUUUUCUUUUAGCAAUUUUGUUCGGAUUUUAAAUGAUAAUACUUUUUCUGAAAGGAAAUCUGACCUGGGAGGUACUUUAGGAGGUAAUUUUUCGAUUUUUCCAAGAAUUUUCCCAGCAAACCUGAAAAAACAAGUAAUUAAACAAGUAUUAUUAAAGAAAUUACAUAGGUAAUGUCUAUUUAAUUUUUUUUUUUACCAUAGUAUGAAAUAUUUAUUAUUGAAAAAUCACUAUCAACUAAACUGUGCUCAGAACCGUUUUUUCGUUAGUAGUGGUUUAUCGUUGCUUACAGAUGUACAUUAAAUUACCUAUAGUAGUUGUUGCACCCGUCUCUAUUAUCCUAGGACAUCAUUUUACAUUAUAAUAUUUAAAAUAAAUAUAUUGCUUUUUUACCAAUUGCUUUAUUUUUUAUUUGCUUUUCUUUCCACUUGCUUUUUUUACUUUCUUUUUCCGUUGCUUUUUUUUCCGAAUAUCCUUCGACACAUACCUCUAUCUCGAAUAACCUUUCUCCAGUUUUCGAUUCCCGGGCUCUCCAAAUCUUCUUCUAUCACGUUAAUGUAUUCCCGAAUCAUCCUUUAGAUCUUCUUCUCUGAAUUUCCUACUUCAUAGUAUUAUCUUAUCACAUUACGUUAAGUGACCUAACCAUUAAAUCCUUUGGUUCUUAACAAUAACUUGUUAUUGGUGUUAAUUCCAUCAUAUUUCACAGGUUUCUAAUAUAUUAUCUCUAUGUACAUCGCAAAUAGUUCAACAUUUAAAUUUAAUAAAAAUGUAUUAAUUAUUAAAUAAGGUUUGGUUUUUUUUUUUGUUUCAGAACUCACUAGAAGAAUCUCCGACCAAUGGUUAGUUGGUGUGAAAUAUAUUUAAUUUAAAUAAUUUAUUAUCAAGCCAAUAAGAAUAAGUAAAAUUAGACUAAUUUUGAUUUUAAAAUGAAAGUACCUAUUAUAAAAUUUAUAUUAUUUAAGUUUUAGAUCUCGAUUUUUGCUACGGAACUAAUGGUUUUACUAAGAUGAUGAUUUUUUCUCUUUUUUUUUCUUUCUUCUCAUCUGUAGACUCAUUUUGACCUAAUAAACUUGCUCUGAUUUUACGUGUAGCAACUUUUCUGAAAGCUUAUGUUGUCUAGAUUGUACUUUGGAGAUGUUAUUUUUUGAUUUUCAACGCAAUUUUUAAAUAAAAGCACUUAUGUGGGAAAAAACAUAGGAAAACGUUCAAUUUCACGAUUUCAUUAUUUUAUCAAAAUAAGGACGACGUUUUCUAACAGAAAAAAUGAUUUGAUCGAAAAAUCACAAGAUACCUUAUUUUUAGCAUUUUUGAUUUAUUUUUUUCGGUAUCAUAGCUAAAACUUUUGAGCCAUAUUUGAGCUUUUAAGGAAUUUAAAUUUUUAAGAGUUUUUUGCUGUAAUUCGGUUAUAAAUACACUUAUAAUUUUGUUCACAGUUUUACCCAAUUAUUUUGAAAACCCUUUGGAAAAUCAACAAAUGACUUCUUAAUGCACCAACUAGAUAAAAUUUCCUUUCGGAAUAGGUGCUACACUUGGUAACUAAAAGCAAGAAUUCUGGUAGAAAAGUUGAUCACAAAAAAAAAAAAAAAAAAAAAAAUACACAUCAUAGAUGUGAUUUGUAUAGAUCACCAAUAGAUCUUUCGCUCUUUAAACAGCAAAGUAAUAUUUUCAAAACUGAUUACUUAUAUAAUUUGAAAUAUAUAUUCAAAAAGUUAGAAUAAUUAAAAAAUAAUAAUAUAUAAACAAAAAAAUUGUCCAUGUACAAAUUAACAGCUCUACAAUACAAUAAUAUUUUUUCGUUAAAUUUCGAAAAUUUUCGAAUUUUGAUUUUUGGAAUUUUUAAGAGUAGUUUAGCCGAUAUUUUCGAAUACUUAGAUUUUUCACAGCAUUUAAGGAGUAUCCUGUGGUUUAAUGUUUGGUCAACUUUGGUUUUUCUAAUGAGAACCUGUAUUAAAAAUAUCAUUAAUGGAUGGAAUUUUAUUUUUUUUAAAUUACUUAAUAAGUAAAUUUAUUUUUUAUUUCUAUAAAUUUUGGAAAGAAUUUACAAUUGAUAAAUCAAUAAAAUUAAUAGCAAUUUAUAUUGUAUAUUUUUUUGAUUUCAUCAAGGUACGAUAUGUUUCUAUUUGUUGAUGGCACAAAUCUACUCCUCCCAUAUUUUUAUUGUAAAUUUCCAUAACUGCAAGACAAGUUACUUGUAUUUAUUUUUGUUCAACUUUACUCCAUCUUUUCACGAUACAAUGAGGUUUAGCUCCUGUAGCUGUUGAUAAUAACGGAACACAUUUAUUGUCCUUAUAUUUAACAGCAGUCAUUUUAUUAUAACUUCUUUUAAACUCUUCCCAUACGUAAUUGAACUUACUAUAAUAUCCAAUGCAAUACUUCUUUGUCAAUAAAAUAUGUGAACGUGAAUAUUUAGUUACAUCCAUCAUUGCCUGGGUACCAGAGUAAAUUUGUACUUCUUUCUCAUAAGUAUUUAACACUUUUCCUUUUGUACUAAAUGCAAUCAUAUUUGUAUAAGGUGCUAUCUUCAAAACUUUUUGUAUAUUAUUUAUAAUCAAAACAUAUUCAAGAGCAUUAAAUGUAUAUCUAAUACCUGUAGAUGUAUAUCUAUUACCUGUACUUCAGGUGUCUCAAAAACAAUAGUAGAAAUAUUAAGUUGAUUUUCGUCACUAUUACUCGAAUUAAUAAUAUUGUUAAGUAAUCUCACUUUCAUUAUCCGGAUCAAAAUUCAAAAUCAUCUAAUUGGCCAACAACAUUAUGCACGGACAACAGAUACCAUAUUCUAUCGUUGUCAGAAUCAUCAUCGCUAAAAUUUUCAACUUCAGAAUUUUCAUAAUUUAACUCCUUGGAAAAUCAAAAAAAUGACCUCCUUAAAGUAUCCCCCCAAGUCAGAUUUCCUUUCAGAAAAGUGUUACACUUGAAAAUCGGAGUAAAAUUUCUGGCAUAAAGAUUCAGAGUGGAACGAGGAAUGUAUUGGUUUUACAAUAGUGUUUAUUUUUUUUCUUCUGUGAAGAACUUUUUUAUCAGAAAUUUUGGUCGGAUUUACAAUAAAAGAACUUUUUCUAAAAAUAAACCUAACUGAGGAGGUACUUUAAAGAGGUUAUUUUUCGAUUUUCCCAUGAAUUUUCCCAACAAAUGUGAAUAACUAAAAAAAUAGAGAAAAAACGGGAAACGUACGUAAUGUAGAUAUAGUUAAAAAAUAUUACGGCCUUCUUUUUUCCUGUUAACAACUUUACUACCAGCAAUUUUACUCCGAUUUACAAUGAUAGCACUUUUUCUGACUGGGGAGGUACUUAAGGAAAAUUAUUAUUUGGUUUUCUCAAGAGUUUUUCUAGCAAUCGUGAAAAACCGUGAAAAACGUAGGAAAAACGGACAAAUCUGUACAAUAUUAAACAAAUAUUAUUGAAGGAAAUAUAUAAUACCUAUUUAAUUAUUUUAGAUUCUAAGUGGAGCAUAUAAGUUUAUAGUUUUAUAAAGAUCUUUGAGGACAACUUUUGUACCAGAUUAUUUGCUCCAAAUUUUACUUGUAGAAGAGCUUAUUUUUCGAUUUACUCAAGAUUUUUCCAAUCAAAUGUGAAAAACCGAAAUAAAAUGGGACAAUUUUCGAAAUAUAUUUGUAUAAUAUUACGAUAUUUUUUUUUUCUUUGGACAACUUUUCUACCAGCAAGCAAUUGUGCAAAACUGGGAAAAAUCAUGGGAAAACCGGAAAAAACGUAAGAUAACCGGGUAAAUCGGUACAACAUUAAACAAAUAUUAUUAAAGGAAAUAUAUAGAGCCUAUUUAAUUAUUUUACUAUAAUAUGGCAUCACUAUAAUAUUGUUGACGAAGCAUCAUUAUCAACUGAACUCUGCUCAGAAUUGUUUUUUCGUAAGCAAUGGUUUAUCGUUGCUUACAGAUAUAAAUUAAUUUCCCCUCUACAUCCUCCUUUCACAACUACUCCUCAAGAAGGCUGCACCCAUAGUGUGAAGUAUGUCCGUCUUUUUAGUUUUCAUAAUAUUUAAACACAAUUGAUACUGAUUUUUUAUCAACACGGAUUACUUUAUAAAUGGCGGAUAAUUUCAUAAUUAUGUAGAAUGAUAAUAUCAAGUCGGCUAUCCAGUAUAGUUAUAUAUUUGUAAAAACAUAGUUAUCAACUUUUAAUAAUAAUCAGUGUUUGAAUCGCUAAAAUUGUAAAUGCGUUCACGUUCACUACACUAAGCCUGAAAAGUAUUUUAAUAAGUGUUUUAUAGGAAAACUUAAAUCUCGAAUAAUAUUAGAGUUCCAUUUUUCAUUUUAUGAUUUUUGUAAAGUGCUUAAUGUAGUCUACAUUACCUUUGAAAAAUAUGUUAGCACUUUUAAUAAGAUAAUCCAAUUUUAAAUGACGCUAAAGAAUAUCGUUUUCACGGAACAUCACAUCGGAAAAGGUUAAUAAUUAUUAUAAGAAUGUGUAUUUGUAAAUCAUUUUGAAUUACUGACCUACAGGUUAGUAAUGUAUAUAAUAAUUAGUAGUAUAAUUAUUUUAAAUAUAAUUUAUUAUAAAUUUGAUUCAAUUGAAUCACUAUCAUAAUUCAUGAUAAUCUUUUUAUUCAUAUGUCACUAUGAAGCCUCAAGGAUUUAAAUUUGAUUUUAAUUGCAUGCAAUUUUUUUAGGUAGUGAGCAGAGUAUAGAACAAUUAGAAGCAAAAGAUUGGGUAAUAGUGAAUACACUUUCAGACACAAUUAGAGUUCCUCCGGGUGGAAGAGUUGAACUUGAAUGUACAGUUUUUGGAAGUCCUGUGCCACAAGCAAAAUGGGUUCCUGGGACGUAUCUCAAUCAGGUAACUAAGAUUUAUUUAAGUAUUUGUAUUAGUUUUUUUAAAUAAUACAAGAUCUUAUACUGCCUAUGGGUAUGCCAUUGUUGUAGGUUUCUCGUCUUACUUGAUUAGAGCAAUAUUUUCAUUAGAAAACAUAAAUCCUACAAAUUUAAAAUAACUAAAUAGGCAAAGUGCACUGUAAUUAUUCGUACCUUUUUUUCUGUAUUUUUCUCGGGUUUUACAGAAUUAUUAUACAAACUGCUUAAGAAAUCAAAAACAAUGAAUUUUUUAAUACACCGACUAGACCCAAAACAAAACAAAAAAAUGUAUUUUUAAUUCUAGUCAUUUUUUGAUGCCGAGAUUCCUGGUAACAAAAUCAAAAAAAUGAAACUAAUAACUAUAAAUUCCUUGCUCAGCUUAUAAUCUAAAAUAAUAAUCACGGUUACCUAUCAGUAGAUAACUGUAAUCAUAACUAAAAUAAAAAUGUAACUGCUUAUAAUUCUAUAAUAUGUAUGCUAUACAAUUGUAUUAUAAUCAAAUUAAUUUGUUGGUUUUAUAAUACCCAAACAAGUGCUACAAUCUUAUAUUGUGUAGUAGUUUUAUACUGUGUUUUUUUUUUUUUAUAACCAAUAAACUGAAUAAUUCUGUAUUUAGAUCACAUUAGGUUCGAGCGAAUUUGAAGAGUUAAGUGACUUUCAGGGUGUGGGCAAGGUGACAGUAAGAAAAGUCAUAGAUUGUAUUAAACCACACCAUCAAAGUGUUUACACUUGUAUUGGCCAGGCUAGAGAUCAGAUAAUGACAAGUGCUCCUGUAAAAAUUUUAGUUGAAGGUACGAUUUAUAAAUUAUUUACAUUUUUAACAAAAACUGUUUGCUAUUAUUUUACAUUAUACUAGGUACCUAUUUAUAAUGUAUGUUAUUAUUCGAUGUAAAUGGUAUUCAAAUAUAUUAUUUGUAGGUGAAUCAGUUCGUUGUUCCCAGGGAGAAACUAGGAUAACAAAAUGGAGUCCAAUCAUUAGUCAACUGAUGGGUUCAACUGUAAUUAUACCCUGCGAAGUGGCCAACAGUGUCUCGUACAGAAGAUACUGGAAGGACAACUUUGGAAAUAUAAUAGAUAUCAACAACGAUCUACGACGCAAAGUAAAUAAUUCCUUUUAAAAUUAUUUGACUGCACUAGAAUUACAUGAUAAUAUUGUAUUGUGAUACUUACAGUUAGGGCCUGAAGGAGAAUUGGUUUUGAACAAUUUAAGCUGGUCAGAUAUGGGCGAAUACAUUUGUGUAGCCGAAAAUUUAAUUAGCCGAGAUACUAUAACGACAUUUGUGUAUCCAAUGUUGCCUAAUAUUUAAUUUUUUUUUUUUUUACAUUAGUCUCAUCCGUAUAUUUAAAUAUAGUAUUGUAAAGUCUGAAAUGAUUUAAACACUCACACUUAGUAGGUGCUUAUUAUAUUAAAAAUGAUACUCCACCAUUGGAUUAUUUUAAUUUGCAUACUUCCAAUUUUUAAAAUUUUUAAAAUUAAUUGAAUUUAAUACAAUCUAAUCUCCGUAUUAUACUGUUUAUUUCCAUUAAAGUUUUAUCGAAACUACACAUGAAUACAUUAUAUUACCUGAGUACAAUAAAGCUCGAAAAU